AUGUCGUCGUCGCCUAAUGAAAUCCGGGGCCGAUUGGCCCUCAUCACUGGCGCAUCAGGAGGAAUUGGCGCAGCAUGUGCAGAACAACUCGCGGCAAAGGGCGCUCACCUCGCGCUUACAUAUGCGACCAACCUAGAAUCGAUGAACAAGAUUGUCGCAGAUAUCCAGUCCAAAUAUGCCGAGAACAAGCUGCGCAUUUCGAUUCACCAAGUCGAUGUUGGAAAUGCCGAUCAAAUUGAGGCUAUGUUUCAACAGAUCGACGCGGAGCACGGUCAACGACCUGAUAUCUUGGUUUCGAACGCCGGGUAUGGAAAGCGGUUCCCAAAUGUGUGGGAUAUCACGCUGGAGGAGUUCGAUUACACGCUGAAUAUCAAUCUGCGGGCAUCAUUCAUUCUUGUAAAGGGCGUUGUGGAGCACAUGAAGAGUCAGCGCUGGGGACGCAUUAUUUUCAUGUCGUCUAUUGCCGCCCAGGGGGGUGGAAUAAACGGAUGUCACUACGCUGCGUCCAAGGGUGGCCUUACCGGCAUGAUGAAGAACCUUGCUACUCGUCUCGCCGAACACAACAUCAGCGUCAAUGAUGUAGCCCCUGCUAUGAUUGGUGAGACUGGAAUGAUUCCUAAUGCUGCUGCAAUCCCUGAGGUAGCUGCUGGAAUCCCAAUAGGUCGGUUGGGUACUGUGGAGGAGACAGCGAAUGUCGUUACCAUGCUCGCCACUACUGGAUAUAUGACAGGUCAGAGUCUCUUGCUGGCUGGAGGUCUGAAAUAA